GGUGGUGUUACAGAACAGAAGUAGAGAACAGAAACGGUGGGUCCGCUUCGAGUGUUUGGCAGAAGAGAAACUCAGAAGAAUACACAAGCAAAGUUCCGCUUCGACAAGAAAGGGAGAACUAGGAUUUUACAGUGAGGAAAAGCUAUGGACGAGCAUGAAUUUCGACGUAUCUUGGAUCUCUUCCCCGUCGUCCGAUCCCGAGAUUUUGUUUUUCAGGUUGAAUCUGAAUCAUCAAGUAGACAAUCAUCUUCUAAGCCGCCGCAGAAUGAAGAGCUAAAAGAUUGGCAAGACGCAUGGGAAGAAGGAGGUAGCAAACAAGUUGAAAUCAAAGGACCUGAUCAUAAUGAAGCGUUUUGGAAGAAGCUCAAGUCAGCUGUUGCGAGAAAGGUUGGUGCAGCAGACGCAGAGAAAUUUUGCAAGACAUUUCAGCGAAUUCAUAAUAAAGUCGUUAAUAAAGAACUGAGUUCAGAGGCUGCCCAAAGCUUUCUAAAAUUGUCAAUUUCUGACAAAUAGUUUAAAUCACGCUCUGUACAUUUGUUUGUCCAUUUUGUUUUUAAAUUAUAAAUGGCAGAGCCGGACAUUUCCGCUUGUGUGCGGAGGUAAUAGUUAUUUGGAUCAAAUUUAUGACUAUUAGAACAAGUAAUGGAGAGGUAAAUUCAAUGGAAAGAGAGUUUAUGUAGGUCUCACAAUUUUAGUUUCUAAGAACAUUAUAACACUCUGAAACUGAAACUGUGUGUGACAAUAGAAUGAGUACUUCGUCAUUGUCAAUGCUCUUGUAUACACAAGAUAAUAUUUUAACUGAGACAUAUUAAUCAAAACUAUAAGAUUUGUACUUUGAUCAAA